UCAAAACACACACACACACACUCAGCAACGAAACACACAGAAGAAACCUUCCAGAGGAGAAGGGGAAGAGCUUUUGGGAGAGUCCAGGAUUUGUCAGAAUUUCGAAGAGAAAAUAGGGAUAAACUCGAGUUAAAGUGUUUGGAUUCUCCCCCGAGUUCGUGAUUCCAAAAGAACAACUAAACCGGAGUUGGAUUUCAUCUCUGGAACUGCACCGAGACUUCAGUUACUCCCUCCGGGAGCCUUAAAAGAUUCCAAUCGAGCGAGUUUCCCCCUCGUUGCUGUCCGGUUGGGAAUUGCACGGAGCAGGAAUCCGGAUGCAAGUGGAGCACAAAUGGUGAUACAUGGAGCAGUGCAGAAGCAGAAGCAAUAGUGGAAUGAUCAGCUGGAUUCACUGUGUGUACUGGGCAGUCUUGGUAUCCGUGUCCCUCUCCGUGGCACGGCCUGCCCUCACCUUACCAGAGCAAGUGUCCCUGAAGCAGAAGAUCGAGGUGAAGCCCUAUUCCGCUCACCCAGGCAGCCCCCUGGAGCUGCAAUGUCGCCUGAGAGAUGACGUUCAGAGCAUCGACUGGACCAAGGAUGGGGUGCAGUUGCCCACCAACAAUCGGACCCGCAUCACAGCCGAGUACCUGCAGAUCAGCGAAUCUGUCCGCGAAGACUCCGGCCUUUACACCUGUGUAACCAACGGUCCAUCUGGGAGCGAGACCUCCUACUUCUCCGUCAACGUCUCAGAUUCUCUGUUCACCAUGGAGGAUGAUGAUGAGGACGACGAAGAUGAGGAGGAGGAAGAAGGUGAUGAUGAAGACAAAGCAGACGAGAGUGACCUGGAUGAGCAGCACGCACGUUCUCCGUACUGGGCCCAACAAGAGAAGAUGGAGAAGAAGCUUCAUGCUGUGCCAGCCAUGAAAACGGUCAAGUUCCGGUGCGCAGCCGGGGGGAACCCAACCCCCACCCUGCGCUGGCUGAAAAACGGCAAGGACUUCAAGCCAGAUCACCGGAUCGGAGGAUACAAGGUCCGAUCACAGCACUGGAGUCUGAUCAUGGAAGGAGUCGUGCCAUCGGACAAAGCCAAUUACACCUGUGUGGUGGAGAAUAAAUAUGGAACCAUCAACCACACUUACCAACUGGAUGUCGUGGAGCGCUCCCCUCAUCGGCCUAUCCUGCAGGCUGGUCUGCCGGCCAACAGGAGCGUGGUGGUGGGAACCGACGUGGAAUUCGAGUGCAAAGUCUACAGCGAUCCUCAGCCACACAUCCAGUGGCUGAAACACGUGGACGUGAACGGGAGCAGAGUGGGUCCUGACGGAUCGCCUUAUGUCCAGGUCCUCAAGACGGCUGGUGUUAAUACCACAGACAAGGAAAUGGAGAUUCUGUAUUUGCGGAAUGUAACUUUUGAGGAUGCUGGGGAGUAUACGUGUUUGGCGGGUAACUCUAUUGGGAUUUCCCAUCACUCUGCAUGGUUGACAGUUCUUCCAGCCAUAGAAGAUAAACCGUCUACUCUGUCCUCCCCCGUCUACCUGGAAAUCAUCAUCUACUGCACCGGAGCCUUCCUGACGAGCUGUAUGGUGGUCGUGGCUGUGAUCAUCCGCAUGAAAAGCACAGCCAAGAAACCCGACUUCAACAGCCAACUGGCUGUGCACAAGUUGGCUAAGAGCAUUCCCCUCCGCAGACAGGUCUCGGUGGAUUCCAGCUCCUCGAUGCACUCGGGGGUGCUGCUGGUGAGGACCACCCGCCACUCUUCCAGCGGGACCCCAAUGCUGGCCGGGGUCUCGGAGUACGAGCUGCCCGAAGAUCCGCACUGGGAGUUCUCCAGAGAUAAGCUGAUGUUGGGUAAACCUCUUGGCGAGGGCUGCUUCGGACAGGUUGUGUUGGGAGAAACGAUUGGCAUUGACAAGGAUAAGCUCAGCAAACCCAUCACGGUGGCCGUGAAGAUGUUGAAAUCUGAUGCCACAGAGAAGGACCUGUCAGACCUCAUCUCAGAGAUGGAGAUGAUGAAGAUGAUCGGGAAACACAAGAACAUCAUCAACCUGCUGGGAGCGUGUACACAGGACGGGCCGUUGUAUGUCAUUGUGGAAUUUGCCUCGAAGGGCAACCUCCGGGAAUACCUGCGAGCUCGACGCCCUCCUGGGAUGGAUUAUUGCCCCAACCACAUUCCCGAUGAGCAGCUCUCGUUCAAGGAGCUCAUUUCCUGCGCUUACCAGGUGUCCCGAGGCAUGGAGUACCUGGCUUCUAACAAGUGUAUCCACCGGGAUUUAGCUGCGAGGAACGUUCUUGUUACCGAAGAUAAUGUGAUGAAGAUCGCUGACUUCGGGCUGGCCCGGGACGUUCACCACAUCGACUACUACAAAAAGACAACAAAUGGUCGACUCCCAGUGAAAUGGAUGGCUCCCGAAGCUUUGUUUGAUCGAAUAUACACACACCAGAGUGACGUCUGGUCCUUUGGGGUGUCUUGGGAGAUUUUCACGCUGGGGGGAUCUCCUUACCCUGGCAUCCCAGUAGAGGAGCUCUUCAAGCUACUGAAAGAAGGCCACAGAAUGGACAAGCCAUCCAGCUGCACCAACGAACUGUACAUGACAAUGAGGGAUUGCUGGCACGUCAUGCCAUCCCAACGGCCUACGUUUAAGCAGCUUGUGGAAGACUUGGACAGGAUUCUUGCAAUGACUGUGAAUCAGGAGUACCUUGACCUGUCGGUGACUCUGGAUCAGUACUCGCCCAGCUUCCCGGACACCAGGAGCUCGACGUGUUCAUCCGGGGAGGAUUCAGUGUUCUCCCACGACCCUCUGCCUGAAGAACCGUGCCUUCCCAAGUACCCGGGACAGAUGAACGGAGCACUCAAGCGGAAACACUGAGGCAAGUCGGGCCUUUUUGGUCACGUCCAGUGUGGGAACUCAACUCGUAAGAUCUCAGUUUGUAACUGAGUCGAAUCGAUAACUGUUUUAUUUCUUUUCCCCUUUCCCCCACAUCCCCCC